AUGGGGGGCGGGAAGGACGGUCAUGACUCCUCGGGUGCGGACAAGGGGUACCACGGAGGGUAUCCAGGUGGAUACGGCCAAUACCCCGCCGGUUACCCUGCUCCACCAGGUGCGUAUCCUCCCGGACAAGGGUAUCCGGUCCCACCUGGUGGGUACCCACCUCCGGGUGGCUACCCUCAACAUGGCGGAUACCCGCCGUCGCAUGGCGCAUACCCUCCGGGAGCGUAUCCUCCGAGCGGGUAUCCUCAUCAACCUACCUACCCACCAGCCGGUUACCCUGGUCAUGGUCCACCAAUGCCCGGUCAUGGUGCUAUGUAUGGAGGUCACGGUGCAGGGGGCUCUGCAGGGUACGGCGCGGUGAUCGCCGGAGGCGCGGCGGCGGCAGCUGCAGCGUAUGGAGCUCACAAGAUGUCCCACGGCCACGGAGGCGUCGUCCACGGGAUGUACGGCCACCACGGCAAGUUCAAGCAUGGCAAGUUCAAGCACGGCAAGUUUGGCAAGCACAAGAAGAUGUUCGGUAAGCACAAGAAGAUGUUCGGGCGCAAGUGGAAGUGAAAAAAGGGUGAAACUAAACCGCAGCUAUUGCAACGCCUGGAGAUUUUGGACCGGCAAAUGUUAAAGUUCGACACUA